AUGCCUGACAGCGAGGGUGCAGCUUCCAUUCACGAUGAGCGUCCUUCUGAAGUUCCAGAGGGCGGCUCUCCACUCGGUGAAGCAGCUAUCACUUCAACGGCUAACGGCCAUUCCAAGGUGAAGAGACGACGGAUUCUUCAAAGGGAGAUAGACAAAUUCCGGCAGCAGAGUAUUGAAAACGCGAAACAAACUGUAAGCAGAAUAAAGGCGAGCGAAGUCGAGGUGAAGAGACGACGUGAACAGGAUGCUGAGACGAGGGCAAAAAGGGCUGAAGAUGUGAAGAAAUCUUUGGAGGAGGAGCGUCUUUUUCUACAAAAGGUGCGUGAAAGGGAGGAGCAACGCAAGGUUGCCCAGGUUAAACUCCUUCGGACAAGCACUCCGCCACGCGAAGAGGUUAGAAGACGUAUCGAGGAAGACCGCAGGAAAAACCGAGAGCGUGUACAAGCUGAGAGUGAGAAACUUCUGGCUGCUGCACGUGAGGAGGAGGAGAGGCGAAUGGAGAUGAUCCUUAAGAGGAAGCAAGAGGAGGAGGAGGCCCCACGGAAACAGCGAAAUGCUGAGCUGGAAAGGAAGGCAAAGGAGCUUGAGAACCUCAAGAAAUCGUUGGAAAGGGACCGCCAGGCUAUUCGGAAAGCACGUGAGGAGGAGGAGCGACGCAAAGCGCGGGAGGUGCGGAUACUUCGCAGGAUUGAAAAAGACUGGUGCGCGGAGGCUGUGAAAGAGUCUUUGGAGCAUCGGCGAAAGAUCAAAGAGCGUGUACAAGCUGAGAGUGAGAAACUUCUGGCUGCUGCACGUGAGGAGGAGGAGAGGCGAAUGGAGAUGAUCCUUAAGAGGAAGCAAGGUGAGGAGGAUGGCCCACGACGGGUGCAAGAGUCUGAGCUUGAGAAGCAAAGGAAGGCAAAGGAGCUUGAGAACCUCAAGAAAUCUUUGGAGGAGGAGCGUCUUUUUCUCAGAAAGAUGCGCGAAGAGGAGGAGCAACGCAAGGUUGCCCAGGUUAAACUCCUUCGGACAAGCACUCCGCCACGCGAAGAGGUUAGAAGACGCAUCGAGGAAGACCGCAGGAAAAACCGAGAGCGUGUACAAGCUGAGAGUGAGAAACUUCUGGCUGCUGCACGUGAGGAGGAGGAGAGGCGAAGGAAGAUGAUCCUUCAGAAAAAACAAGGGGAGGAGGAGGCCCCACGGAAACAGCGAAACGCUGAGCUGGAAAGGAAGGCAAAGGAGCUUGAGAACCUCAAGAAAUCGUUGGAAAGGGACCGCCAGGCUAUUCGGAAAGCACGUGAGGAGGAGGAGCAACGCAAGGUUGCCCAGGUUAAACUCCUUCGGACAAGCACUCCGCCACGCGAAGAGGUUAGAAGACGCAUCGAGGAAGACCGCAGGAAAAACCGAGAGCGUGUACAAGCUGAGAGUGAGAAACUUCUGGCUGCUGCACGUGAGGCAGAGGAGAGGCGAAUGGAGAUGAUCCUUAAGAGGAAGCAAGGUGAGGAGGAUGGCCCACGACGGGUGCAAGAGUCUGAGCUUGAGAAGCAAAGGAAGGCAAAGGAGCUUGAGAACCUCAAGAGGCGUCUGGAGAAGGAUCGUCUUGCCCUGCAGAAGAUUCGUAAGGAGGACGACAGCGUUGACGAGACCGCAUUGGCGGAGAAUGGAAUCGUGGAACUGCUUGAAGUCGCCCACGCUGUCGUCGAGGAAGGGGAAAAGGUUCUGCUGCAAAGAAAGCAUACCACCAGGGAGGCCAGCACGCCGAGGCGCAUGGAAGUGGAGAAGAAGAAAGCGAAGGCAGUGGAGGAUAUAAAGAAAGCCCUUGAGGAAGAGCGCUUGGCUCGGCAGAAGGAACGUGAGCAGGAGGUCCAACGCAAGGCGGAGCAGGUUCGACUGUUACGCGAGAAGAUGAAGCAGCGACGCGAGGACCUGCUGAGGGCGCAGGAGGAAAAAAGGAAAAAGGCAGCUGAGGGCAUUUGGGAGUUCGUGCCCGUUUCGUAG